AUUGAAUACACCAACCGCAUACUCAAUAGCAUCCAGAGAGGUCUAUUCUUGGAAGUGCAAGAAACUGGUAUUUAUGCCUGGAGGCAGGAUAGAUGCCAUGUGUUUGCCAGCACCAGUGACCCUAGUUUGGCUAAUGCAGAGCCAGCAAAGCUUCCCCAAAACACCAUGGUGGAGCUCCUUAAUUUUGAAAAGUUUGUGAAUGAAUGGAAACAGUUUAAGGAGAACAAUGGUAGAUCUCCUGAAUACACCAUCACCAUGUGCUUUGGAGAGAAGUUUCCAGAUGGAAAACCGCUGGAGAAGAAGCUCAUUGUAGUGAAGGUAACACCAACCCCCGAGCCGUGCUUCACCUCAAAGACAGUCAGUUAUUCGAUUUAAUUCAAUUUUGUUUUAUUUUCUUAGCAAUAAUUCAUGAAAAAAAGCACAGCUGGGUACUUACACUGUAAGACAGAGACUGAACAAAAAUAACCCCAAAAUUCCCUUUGAG